UUAAACUGCACAAAGUGAGAGACCCAACAACGUUUUCACGAUCCGUACAGCUUGAGUGAGUCGAUCCAAGGGGGACUGUGUGUGCCGUGAUCGUGUUGCGUGCGGUGUUGUAUCGUACGAAUGGCAAUGCAAGGUCCUUACGACCAGGAAACCAAGAGAUACGUGGACGCACGGCCCCGGUAUCCCGACCAGUGGUUCUCCAAGCUCUCUGCCUUGACCUCCCGCCAUGCCUUGGCUUGGGACGUCGGCACCGGCAACGGCCAAUCCGCCGUCACGGUCGCAGAGCAUUAUGAGCGAGUGGUUGCAACUGACAUAAGUGAGCCCAUGCUGAAGAAAGGGAUCCCGCACCCUCGAGUUCAGUACCUACACACGCCGCCAUCCUUGUCCGAAGACGAAAUGGUGGCAAUGGUUGGGGGCGAGGACUCGGUCGAUUUGAUCACGGUGGCUACUGCCAUCCAUUGGUUCGACAUCCCAAAGUUCUACUCCAUUGCCAAACGGGUCCUCCGCAAGCCCGGGGGCGUGAUUGCUGUUUGGACUUACACCGAUAUAAUCGGAGUCAAUCCCGAAGUUGAACGGGUGUCAAGACGUCUGCGCGAAGCCUGUAAGCCGUAUUGGAAGCCGGGAGUGCAGUAUGUGUUCGAAGAGUAUCGGACCCUUCCGUUUCCGUUUGAGAGCGUGGGUUUAGGUUGUGAAGGACAACCCCUUCAGCUAGACAUGCCGAGGGAAACGAGCUUUGAGACGUUUCUGAGUUGGCAGAGGACCUCGUCGGCAAUAGCGACGGCCAAGCAGAAUGGCGUGGAUCUGUUGACUGAUGAUGUUGUGAAAGAGUUUGAGACCGCUUGGGGCGGAUCUGAUUUGGUCAGGACUGUCAAUUGCAAGGUUUUUAUGCUCGCCGGAACCGUCAAGGCUUGAACUAUCUUCGUUUCUCGGCGCUCUUGUCGGGAGCUCAUUACUGAUAAAAUCUUCCUAGUAGCUACUUUAGCGCCAUUUUGGUGAAAAUAAUGUUCCAGAGUUGGGGAAUAUGCGUCAGCAGCAGCAUAUACUUGCAGAUGCUCCUCCUGAGAACAAACUCGUUGUAAGGUCAAUUUCUCCUGCAAUUGCAAUGACCUAAUGUUUGGAAUAAUGACAUGCAGUUUAGUGUCAA